AUGGGAGCGAACAAGACGAAUGCCUCUGCAGACACCGACCAUUUUCAGGCGAUCCUGAGCACACUAAAUCUCGACCAAGCUGAAGUUGAGAUCUUGGCCGAACAGGAUCAGACCCCGGGCUGGACACUUAAUGAUAAAAUUCGGUCCGUUUUCCGACUCGCAUCAAAUGCACCUGGCAAAUCCAUUGUUCUUAUUCACUAUGCCGGGCACGGAGAGGUUAAAGGGGAACAGCUCUUUGCUGUCGAAGGCCUAUUCCGCCGAAGCAUAAACCUCCAAAGAUUCAUCGAUACUGUGGUGGAAGGAGAUGUCCAGGACUUCGACAUCGCAGAUACAGACGCUGUCUUCGUCCUGGAUUGCUGUUACUCGCAUGUGGCAACGCGAACGUUAAAUCCCACGACUCGCGUUGUCGAAAUUCUUUCUGCGAGCGAUGAUCACACUCCAGAGGCCCUUACACCACCACGCAAUACCUUAACUGGAAAGUUGCGGGGCGAGAUUGCUCGGCGCAAGCGAGACGGUCACCAAUUUGUGAUACUUUCGGACGUAAUGGCGACUAUUCGAGGGAAUAGCUCGGUUGUCAAGCCAACACAUCAUGUCAAGUUAGGGGUAUCUGUCUGCUUCCCUUUCACUGGCGUCACACGGAUUAACCCAAACAUAAUUGCCCCUUCGCUACGUGCAGUCUUUUCGGUUCGCAUUGCCGAAAACAUGACCCGGGAACAGCUGGACAGAUUCCUCACUUGGAUUGAGACCCUCCCGCCUGGGUUCGCUAUAGAACUCGACGGGAUCUACACCACAACCUCGACUCUCCUUAUAUUCCAGAGCGCAUAUGCGCUGUUCACGAAUCUUGCUGGGUAUCCCGGUGUCACCUUUAUCUCGGAUGUGACAAGCCUGAACUGCCGCAAAUAUCUCGGUCAAGAGCAGCGACAAGAAGCUCCUUUAUCUACUUUGAAGGAGAACGUCCCAUUCUCCGGACGCUCUAAGCCAUGA